AUGGACGUUUCGGAUCAAGAACUCGAGCAGCCGCUGGUCGACGCCCACGGAGAAGCCCCGCCCUCGUGUCCAGGCAGCACGAAUGCUCGUCAUGCGAUGUAUAAUCCACUCGUGGAUGCAGGCGACGAAGAAGAGAAGGAGGAGCCGCAAACACGGUGUCAGGGGACCCACCCACAGGGGCAGCAGCAAAAGAUGACGUAUGCAGCACCGAGUGUUCAUCCGUAUGCUGUGCCUCCGUACCAGCCUCGUAGCUACAGUGGAAGUACGGGCAAUGGAUGGGGUGGAGGUCAGGGUGAAGAGAGCAGAGGUGACAAAGGACUCUUGGUGGAUAUCGUCUUCAGUGGCAUGUACACGCUAGCGGCUGUGUUCACGAUUGUUCAAGGCUUUGGCAUGCUCAUUCAAUUUACAUACGCAGCUGUAUCGCUGGGUUUUUACACGAUGGCGUUCGGUGCUGCGGUGAUUAUGUAUGACCUCAAGUCGGUGGUGAAUGGUGUGAGCGUGGAGAUGUACUUGCCAUUCCUGGGCAACUACAUUGGUCGCGCAGCGACUAUUCUAUUCUUUGCCGUGUUGUGUGCCCAAACGUACGAGUUCGCGAGCUGGACCAAGUUCUUUGUAUUGUACAACUUGGUGGUCGCUACGCUGCAGGGAUUCGUCUACUGUACUACGAAGACGGUGACGCCGAGUCAUUCUCAAGCAGACGAUCUACCCGACUUGUAA